AUGGAAAGCGAACUUGACGAACUCAACAACGAAACAUUUGGGGAAGCCGAACUUGGUGAUUGGGAAGUUGAACACGAAAAGUUUGUCGCCCAGUUUCAGGAGGAAGAUGAUCCGCCAAAUGCUUGUGAAAUUCCACGCUUUUGGGAAUCUGAGAACCUUUCAGAAUUUUGGGCAACGGAUGAUGUGGAGGUUUCACAGUCCUUUGACGGUCUAAACCUCGAAGAGAACUUGGAACGCCUUGUGUGCGAUGAAGAGUUUGAUGAUCCUGCAAUUCUUGAUGUACUUAAA